AUGACUGUCACAGUAUCUGCGCCUACAUUUGAGCAUCAUCGCGAAGCAUUUGGUAUCGGCGAAACCACACCCCGAAUUUCAUGGCGGUUCAAGGGCGAUUCUGAGACACAAAACUGGACCCAGAAGUCUUACGAAAUUGAGAUUUCACGUCAAACAUCCAACAAGCAAUCCCAACGGAAGACAGAAAAUGUUAGAAUUGCCAGCACGGAAUCUGUUCUGGUACCAUGGCCAUCAACACCUCUAAAAUCUCGGGAAAGUGCACGCGUUCGCGUUCGAGCUAAUAGCUUUGCAAAUGAAUAUACCCCAUGGUCUGAGUAUUCAGUCGUUGAGACUGGCCUUCUUACUCCGGAUGAUUGGACUGCGCAGGUCAUAGCUGCUGAAAAGACAAUUUCAGCGACCGGUGCAUUACAACCGACACUUUUUCGCAAAAGCUUUCAAUUGGACAAGAAAUCCAUAGCAAAAGCAAGAUUAUACAUCACAAGUUAUGGAGUUUAUGAGCCUUCUAUCAAUGGUUCUAGGGUCGGAAAUCAUGUCAUGGCCCCAGCAUGGCAAAGUUACGGACAUCGUCUUUCUUACCAAACUCACGAUAUUACCAAGUAUCUCCAUGAAAAAGACAACGUGAUCGGAGUGGAGGUUAGCGAUGGAUGGUGGUCGGGACGACUGACUUGGGGUGGUGGCCGUCGAUUCAUCUACGGAGACGCUCUCGCAAUCCUAGCACAAGUUGAGGUUGAGUACGAAGAUGGAUCAACCAUGACCGUUGGAUCUGAUGCUACUUGGAAGACAUCUACGGGUGCCAGAAUUGCGAGUGAAAUAUACGAUGGCGAAAUCUAUGACGCUUCGCUUGAGGUCAAAGGUUGGAAUGAAACAGCACUCAAAGACGAUAGCUGGAAAGCUGUCAGCAUACUCGAGUUUCCAAAGAUUGACUUAAUUGCACCAGAAGGUCCCCCGAUUGUGGUGACAGAAACAGUCAAGCCGAAGCAAAUUUGGAGCAGUCCUACUAACAAAACCAUCGUCGACUUUGGACAAAAUCUUGUUGGUGGAGUACGACUGCGUGUAUCUGGUCCGAAAGGCACCAAGAUCGUUCUUCAGCAUGUGGAAGUAUUGGAGCAUGGAGAAGUGGCAACUAGACCGCUUAGAGAUUGCAAAGCCAGAGAUACAAUUAUCUUGUCUGACGAAAAGCUGCACUGGGAACCCAAAUUCACCUUUCACGGCUUCCGAUAUGUUCAAGUCGAGGGAUGGCCAUCGAAAACAGGACAACCUGCAUUAGAAGACUUGGAAGCGUUUGUGAUCCACACAGAUAUGGAACCCACAGGGUGGUUCGAGUGUAGCGAGCCACUCGUCAAUCAACUAUACAGCAACAUACGCUGGGGAAUGCGAGGUAAUUUUGUUGGAUUGCCAACAGACUGUCCACAGAGGGACGAACGUUUAGGCUGGACAGGCGACAUUCAAGUCUUUUCACCGACUGCAAACUUUCUCUACGAUACUAGUGGUUUGCUGUUAGGUUGGUUGAAAGAUUUAGCUGUGGAGCAAAUCAAAGACUAUCAAGGUGUUGUUCCACAGGUAGUACCUGAUAUUAUUGAUGCUCGACCAAAUGCACCAACUUUGGCUGUAUGGGGAGACGUUGCCGUCAUCACUCCUGUUGAUUUAUAUCUUAGUUUCGGCGACAAACGGAUCCUCCAAAAUCAGUACGAAAGUAUGACUACUUGGCUCAACGCAAUUCCUAGAAUGGCUGAUUCUAGAUUAUGGGACAACACUCGACAUCAACUUGGCGAUUGGCUCGAUCCUGCUGCACCACCAGAUGAUCCAUCAGCGGGGACAACUGACCCCCAAUUCGUCGCAAAUGCUUAUCUAGCACAUGUUUCCAAUAUCCUUGCCAGUGUUACCAAGACACUUGGAUACGAUGAAGCAACUGUCAAGAAAUAUGAAGACGACGCCGCAGUUGUGAAAAAAGACUUCCAGCACAAAUACGUGACUCCAGCUGGCCGUCUAUCACCAGACUCAAUGACAGCACUCUCACUAGCUCUCACAUUCGAUCUCUUUGCCAACCAGGACCAAACCGACCAAGCUCGGUCCCGACUUGCAGAACUAUCUCGAGCCUCCCGUUUCCGUAUCGGCACUGGCUUCGCCGGAACACCAACAAUCCUCCCAGCACUCUGCGCAGGUGAUCCAAAGAAGAACUUCAAGCAAGUCGCAUACCGCAUGCUUCUCGAAACAAGCUGUCCAUCCUGGUUAUAUCCAAUCACGAUGGGUGCAACCACGAUGUGGGAACGCUGGGAUAGCAUGUUACCCAACGGCGACAUAAACCCUGGCAGUAUGACGAGUUUCAACCAUUACGCUCUGGGCAGUGUAGGAAAAUGGCUUUUCGGAACUGUAGGUGGUGUUGAUAUGGAUAUCACAUCUGCUUCCGCCCUCAGAACAGCUAGUCCAGAUCAAAGCUCUAUCGGAUGGCGUGUCAUUAAAUUUGCUCCUCAACCCGGUGGAACCAUUACUUCCGCUAAGACUUCUCAUCUGAGUCCUUAUGGUAUUGUUUCUUGUGCUUGGAAUCUGGAUGCUGAGAAGAAGCUUUUUAGGAUGUCGGUUAGCGUGCCGCCGAAUUGUAAGGCUGUUGUACAGUUGCCUGGUACGGAUAAGGAGGCGAUCAAUAUUGGAAGCGGAGAGUAUGAGUUUGUGGUUGAGGGGUAUGAGGAGGAUGAGGCUUGGCCACCUGAGGCGAUUGUUAGUCCUUGGAGUAUGGUGGAGGAGAGUGAGCAGAAGAUUGUUGGUGUGAGGAAAGAUAAAUAG